GCCACCGUCGGGCGACGUAGCGGAAACCAUGGAACAGCUAGCAGCGUAUCUCGAAGAUACGCUCAGAAUCGAUCCCGCGUCCGCCAGCACGGUCAGUUCACAGGCAAAGUCCAUCUGGAGCCAGUCAGUUAUACCGAACACUUCCAGAAUGAAUGGUUCAGGCUAUGGCACCCACCCGCACGGAUCUCUAUACGACCGGUAUCAACCCACCCACCCGCCGGGACUCCACCAGAACCAGUUCGCAAGCCCACAACAACCGCGGGGUGGCCCUAUCUCCGCGCAUGCACCGAGAUACGGGUACACGUCUCAUCAGCAAGUACGAGCAUACGACGACCCUCAGAUGCAGCAGGAAGGCGUGUAUCGGGACACUCAGGCUCUGCCACACCAUAUCGCGCCCCCUCCGGGGUUUGACCUGCCGCCUAUACCGCAACUGAGUUCGCUUGGACAUGUGAAUGUGUCGACCCGACAGGCACAGGGGAUACCCAUACAUGCACCGAGCCACAGCCAGGCCCAGGGACUGGGUACAUUCUACCCUCCGCACAGCAGCCAGGCACAACAGCAGCAGCAGCAGUCACAAGCGUAUCAAAUACAGCCCCAGUACGCACCCAAUUCGGGGCAUAAUCAGUCGAGUUACUACUCUCCCUCACCCCCGAACAGCAAUAGUAUGCCCAACUCCAUGCCCAUCUCUAUACAGAGCAUGAACACGCACCAACAGAACCUGUCCCGCAGUUUGAACUCGGGGUACUCAAACUCGAACUCAAACUCGCAUUUCAGCCCACACAGCUACAAUAUGCCCGGGUACUUACAUCACGCGCACUCACAGUCCCACGACAACACGCCGUCGCAAACUCGCGACUACAGUUACAAUGUAGGGUUCACCAUUGGUGGGCGAAUGGAGCCCUCGAGUGGGUCUAAUAAUAGCUCGCUGUCCGCGGGUAUGUACUAUGAACCGCCGCGCAAUGGAACUGGUGCGAAGAAGUCCAAAUUUGCGUUCGCAAAUAAGGAGUCCGUGGAUAUCACGGACAAUAAUGUGUAA